AUAUGAAGUUUAAAUUAUGUUAUUUAUUCAGUCAAAAGUUGAGCUCAUUUGCUCAUAUAUUGAGUGAAUGAGAGCCUUAUGUAGGACCAGAUGAUGAUUAACACACCAUUUCUCGCCAUUACAAGAUUUAUGCAUGAUAUUUUUAGGAAAGAUUGAACUACAGGGAGGCUAUAUAGCCUGAAAGUUUGAGCUUGAUCUGCUUAAAUUUCAUCAAAGAAUGAGCCUAUUCUUUGAAUGAUUCCAGAAUUACUUCUAUUGUGUCUGAUUACUUAAAUCUUGAUUUUUAUAUAAAUAUGUGUCCCCUACAAUUCUCUAUCGAUUGGUGAAAACCGCAGAUCGCUAGCUGCUUGCAUUCUCCAGUUAUUCAAUUUUUAACCGAGUGCCUUUAAGUCUGGAACGGACAUUAGUAAAUUGUAAAUCACUACGAAAGAACCAUAUAAUUCUCUUAUAUACGGUAUCUAUGAACUCCUGAGUCGAAAAUUGAUUUGGAUUUUUUCUACUAUGAACAAGCUUAGAAUGUCUUCUGUAACGGCAAGUUCAAAAUAAAGAUGAUCGAAUUAUUACAAUAUACCCGAACGAGAGACUGAAAUCAGUUGAUUUCAUUCAAUCUUUUUUUUUUAAUUUUAUUACCCAAUUAUAUGAUCCUAUUGACUUUUUUUCUCUUGAUUUUGCUUUUUUUUCCUUUCAUGAACCACUAGGUAUGAGUAUUUCUGUUGUUUGAAGUUCAUUAGUACACAUGUGAUUCACACUAGAACUAUGACAAAUAAAUGAUGAAUAUUGGAUGGAUUCACAUCUUUAUUUUUUAUUUCUAAGGAAAUGUAAGACCUUGUCCUAAUGUUAUUGUCUUUGUCCUAAAUCUCAAGUUAAUAUCAGUAUAUAUCAUUCGAAAAUGCUAGACAACGAAAAAUAAUAGUUUCAUCGAAGAUUUCAACUAAUCUUCUCUGUUUGUUUAUGUCAAGAGUCAAUAUAUAAUAAAAAUUUCAAAGAAAAGAAAAUCUUUCCAUUGAUCAUUUUUGAAAGAUUUUACUUAACAUUAAAAUAAAAUUUCCUAUCAAGAUUGACAUUAUAGUUCAUAUUGUCUCGUGAAGAAUUGAAUGUACAUGAUUUUUCCAAAUUCAAAAACCGAAUUGUAAUUAACAUUCGGCAGAAUUUGUUGGUUUAUGAUAUUUUCUUUAGUCGUGUCGAGAUUCUCUUUCUUUUAUUUCUCUUAGAAUUCUGAUGAGAUGUUACAGUCACAGUUCAACAAAGAAAAUUGAUGAGUAGUAAUUUGAAGAAAUCUGCAAAAAAAAGGAUUCUUAAAGAACAUUCAUGAAUUUUAAUGUGUAUCUAUCAAGAUUCUAAUUGAAUUUCGCUACGUUUUCUCCUUUUACAAUGCUAAAUAAUUUUGCUAUUUUCUAACUAACAUCCUGUUCUCAUAUAUUAUAUAGGGUAUCCCAAAAGACAAAAAAUCGCUGGUUUUUGUAAUAGACAGAUCUUGAAACAAUCUGUUAUAUAGAUUGAGAUAUUUUUAUUUUGAAAAUUCAUUCAAUAAAUAUGAAGUCUAUAUGGGAAUAAAAUCAAUUUUUGUUGUUCUUAAUGUUUUAUAUUAGUAUCAACUAGUUUAAUAACUAAACAAUAUUAUAACCUGAUGUUUGUUAAAAUUUUUGAAGAAAAAUUAUAAUAAAAGUCGACGACGUUUUAAAUGAAAAUCGAUGACAAUAUUCAAAAUCGUGAUUUACUCGCUUGAAAAAUAGAUUCUCAUUGAUCGUAGCCUUUUGUUUUCGAUCAAUUACUAUUAAUUAAUUGAUUGAAACAUUUUCUUUUCAAAUUGAAUAAGAAAGACUUAGAUCAAAUCAAAUCUAUCUUCAAAAAUUGAAAAAUAAGCAGGUUUUUUUAUCAUAUUCAAUUAUAGUGCGAACCAUUUUAAUCGAUUUUUUCGGUUCGAGGAAAAAAUCGAUUAAAAUGAAAUAAAGUUCGAACUCUAAUGGAUAUAUUAGAACAAAAAUGAUCCUCACGAAAGUUGAGGAACUUACUGGUGAAAACUAGCUUUUUAAUUGAAUAUUGUUCGAACAAAUGCAUUUUUUUCAUGAUGAAGGUCAUCUUUUCGAGAAAAACGAGCUUUCAAACAAACAAAAAAAAAGGAUUCAAGUUGAGUUCUUACUGUGAUAUAAGACCACUAUAUUUCUUUCUUAAUAGCUCAACCAUGAGAACCAAAAUGCAAUCCAUUGAGAAUUGGGCAAUUUAUUGUUCUCCGAAACAGACGAAAAAAUAAGAUACGAAUCAAAGUUGAGAACAUGUCGUACAAUUGUUUCUCUUCUUCUAUAACAUAUCGAAGAUGAUAUUUCUUCAUGAAAAGCUAGCAAAUAUAAAUUUUAUUUUUGUUGUAAGGAUCUAAUUGUUUAUGGACCAGUUCCAAUGUUUAGUUGUUUUUUUUUCUUUCACUCAUAGUAUCUCGUUCUAUGUUUUGAAUCAUGGAUUCCUAACUGGUUUUGUAUAUUUAGUAAAGAAUGAAUAUAGUUCAUUCGUAGAUCAAUGACGAAAUACGAGUAAAUCAAUACGAACUACACAAUUUUUUUAAUUUUUAGUGCUUUCAUAGAAAUCGCAGAUAGCUAUGACUGAUUCACAUUAGCAGAUAUACCGAAGAAGCGAAUAGUUCUAGUUAGAUAUCAAGAAUAAGGCUUUUUUUUUUUGAUUAUCUAUUUCAUAAAGUUCAGGACUUAUUUUUAUUUGAUUUUUUCAUUUUUUGUCUAUACCAGAUUGAAGAGAUAUAAUUUUAUAUGUAUAAUAUCUACAUUGUUAUCAAAAAUUCAGCUGUAGAUUCCAUAAAAACAUAAGAAUGUCAAUGAAUCAUAGUAUAUUGUGAAUAAUUACGCCAAUUGAGUACAUAUAGUCAAUUUUGGAUGAUGGUUCAGAUGUUACGAGUUUUAUUUUUCCAUGUCUGUGCCAUUUCAUAUAUUCAAAAAAUCCAAAAAAGAAAAAAUAAGCGACUAACAAUGGUGUAAAAUCUAGAAUGUGUUCGUUAUAUAGGUUACUUUCACAGGGUGUAUAGUAGUUAGAUGCGUUUCUUUUAUAGUUAUCAUAGCUUUCAUCAUAUAUUUUAACAUAAGAAUCAGCGUUCCGUUUUUUCAAUUGAGUGUUUGUUUGAAGUGAACUAUUUCUAUUCCUAAGAUUAGAUUUUUUUAAGUAUAGUUUUAGACUUCCAACAGUGCACAUGCAUGGAAUAUGAUUGUUAGGUCUCCAGUAACAUCUUUCAUUUGAAUUUAAAACAAAACCUGUUCUGCUAGACUCAUAAAUAAAAGAAAAAGGUCUUCGAUAUUCAGAAAGCGCUUUGCAAAGAGUGAUUUCCUUGGACGAAGGAGAAUUUCUCAUCUGUUGUAAAGUACUUUCCUCUUACGCGAGAUGAAAUCUCGUCGAAACGAUAACGAUUUCUUAUCUUUUUCUUGUUCAUUGUAGUCGUUCCUAAUAUUCCAGUCAAUGCUCGAUGGAUAAAGAAUGGAGUAACCGUCGCUGGAGGCCAUGAAGCAGGACAUGCCUCUCAUCAACUCCUUUGGCCUGAAGGUCUCUUCUUUGAUGAUGAUCAAACGAUGAUCAUCGUUGACUACGGCAAUGAUCGUAUCAUCCAAUGGAAGAUAGGUGAUACAAAUGGAAAGGUCAUCGCUGGUGGUCGUGGCCAAGGAAAUCAAUUAGAUCAAUUGAAUGGUCCAACUGAUUUGUUAAUCGACAACGAGACUGAUAGUCUCAUUAUCUGUGAUCACGGAAAUCGACGAGUUGUACGAUGGCUUCGUCGUAGUGGCACAACUAAAGGUGAAAUUCUCAUUGAUAAUAUCGCUUGUCGAGGAUUGGCUAUGGAUGAUCAGAAAUACCUUUACAUCUCCGACGACGAGAAACAUGAAAUAAGAAGAUAUCAAAUAGGAGAUAAGGAUGGAACUCUUAUAGCUGGUGGUAAUCGCCGAGGUGCUGGUCUUAAUCAACUCAACUCUCCGACAUACGUCUUUGUCGAUCGACAAUACGCUGUCUACGUAUCAGACAAGGAGAACCACCGUGUGAUGAAAUGGAAUAAAGGUGCAAAAGAAGGGAUUGUCGUCGCUGGAGGCCAAGGCAACGAGAAUGCUCUGACACAAUUGAGACUGCCUAUGGGACUGUUCGUCGAUACAUUAGGUACCAUCUAUGUGUCAGACUCGUCGAAUCAUCGAGUGAUGCGUUGGCCUAAAGGAGCAAAACAGGGCACUGUCAUUGUGGGUGGGAACGGUGAAGGAGAAGGAGCAAAUCAAUUCGACAAUCCCAAGGGUUUGUCCUUCGAUCGACAUGGCAAUCUGUAUGUCGUCGAUUGCAGGAAUGCUCGUGUUCAACGAUUUUCUAUCGAAUAG